UCCCCCUCUCUUCUGGAAACUCACAACGCAGAAGCACCAGUUACCUAAAGGAUUAGGUAAUAGGAAUAGUUGACCCACCAUGGCUGGUGCAAGCGCGAGAACAAGCGACUUAUCACGCGUCAUGCAGCGUGUAUCGGAACUUCAUGGCGGAAUUACUAACGCCAUCGAGCGGGCUAUUCGCGAUGACUUUUACUCCGCCAAUGACCGGCGCAGCGGCGCGCCGCUACUGGAGGUGGAGGACGGGCCGCAGCCGAUGGGCGCCAUUGGCGGGGAUCCGCGGCUCGACGGCGCGUCGGUCCGCCACGAGGGACUGGCGCUAGAGAAGAACGCGGAAGCGCGUAGCCUCGUCGCCGUGCGCAACGCGCUGGAGGAACUCGAGGCGCAUCUGGAAUCGCUGCAGGACGUGAGUCCGGCGGAGCGGGAGCUGGCGCUGAUGGCGGUGGAGGGCAAGCGGCAGGAGCUGCUGCAGCACCUGCUGGCGCACCAGGGCCGCGAGUGGCAGGUGGUUCAAGAGCUGCUGGGCUUCAUCGGCGACACGUCAGCGCCGCGCACGGACCUCACUCUGCCGCCGUACACACACCCCACGGCGCCCGGCCCGCUGGCGCCGCUGUACCACACGUUUCACCAGCAGCAGCUGCAGAACCACCCACCCUCCUCCCUCGCCACGCCGCUGCCCGUGCCCCGCCGCCCCGCGCACGACCCGCCGCAACAGCAGACGACCCCGCAGGCCAAGGCGGUGGCGCAACCGCAGCAGGGCAGGCAUGCGGAGCCCCGCUCGCACUCUCAGCAGCAGCGGCAAACUCCCGAGCAGCAGCAGCAGCAGCGGCGGGGGCAGCGCGCGCCGCAAGGGCCGGCGGACUCGUCGUCGAGCAUGUCGUCGUCGCGGCUGCUCGGCGCGCAGUUCGGCCCCGCAUCGUCCACGUCGUCGCCCGCGCAGGACGACGGCGAGGUGGAGCACGCGCACGGCAAGAAGGGGACGCGCGCGGGCCAGGCGCGCGCGUGUAGAUUGGCGCACAUGCAGCAGGGGAGUGGCGGAGGGGACGCGGGGAGGCAGGUGCGCACAAUGGUGAGCGGAGAGGAGGGGUGGUGGUCGGAGGGGACUGCGCACACGGGGACGUGUGGGGGGUGCAUGCGCGGUGAUGCGAGUGGCAGCGAGAGGGAGGAGCAAUCUUGGGGGAGUGAGGGAGUUGGGGCAAGGGGAGAGGGGUCCGUGAGCUGGCAAGGCACUCAUGGUGACGACAGCAGCACCGCUUGCAUGUGCUGCAGUGCUGCUGCCGCCGCUGCUGGUGAGCGGAGCAGUGGGUUCACGAGCAACAACAGCCCAUGUGGGUACUUGCCAACAGCACCAGGCAGGCCGGGCAGGUCUGCUGCAGGCGCCAUGGCUGCGUCUGCCUCUCGCCCCUCCGCGGCUCCUCCCGCCCCCACGGCCCUGCUGGAGUCCCUCGUGCACCGGGUCCUGCUGCCGUCCUGCCAGCGCGCCGCAGGGGCCAUUUGGGGCGGAUGCCGCAUGGUGCUGGGAAGGGGCGGGCGAGUGGGCGCACAGGUGGCCAUGGUGACAGUGGGGGUGUGCCUGGGCGUGGGCGUCACUCUUGCCGCACGCCACCACCUCCCACUGCCGCACAGCAUGCGACAGCACAAGAAGCAGCACGGCAGUGCAACGGGGAAGAGCAAGCUACAGUCCCUGCCUGCUGUGUCUGCCUCUAAGCUUGCAGCCGCAGCUGUGGUAAGCAGCCCCCCUGCUGCCACCCAAUCAUCGCACACUACCAAGGCCGCCCCCAGCCCCCCUCGCCUCACGGAUGUCUCCCCUACCGCUGCUGCUGCCGUAGCCGCCGCUGCCGCCGCCGCCGCCGCUGCUGCCACCCAGAGAGCGGGUGGGGGCUUGGGCGGGAACCAGGGCAGCGUGGUGGGUGGCGCGGGACAGGGCACGGCGAGUAGUGGGAGUGUGAGUGGCAGUGGGAGCGCAGUGAUGGUGCCAUCCGUGGUGGUGUCUCGCGAGGCCGUGCUGCCCCCCUGUGACGCCUUCCCCGCCACCAACCCCUUGUCCACCGCCCCCUCCACACCUUCAGCCUCAUCCACCUCCCCUCGCUCCCAGCAGCAGCGCCAACGCAGCGGGCACACUGCAGCACACCGGCCAGACAUUUUUGAAGGGCGUGGGUGACAGGCGCUGUGGCAGGUGCUCUCACGGCAGCUCUGGCAGUGGAUCAUUGGAGCUGUACUCCCCCUUUGCCGUGUGCUUGCAGCGUGUGCAUGUGUGUCUUCCCCACCUUCCUCCGCACCGAUCCUCUCUUCUUCCCCCUUCCGCUUGUCCACCUCUUUCUCAUCUGCCACCUUUUUUUUUGUAUUGCAUAGAAUGUAUGUUUGCUCUGAGCGAGUUAGGUGUGUAAUUUUCAGGGGGUUGUGUUGAAAGUAUUUAACAAGCAUAGCUGGUUUCGAAUGGCACUGAUGCCCUGAUUGUCUGCAUGAACUGUUUCAUUUGAU